AUGGCGAGCAUUACCUCCCCGGAAUAUAUUUCAACCCAAACUACAAUGGUGAGCGGCGGUGGCGCAAGCAAAACCGACAAUCAACAGACCGAGGACGAGAAUCUUCCGCCACCACCAAUUCCACCACCAGUUGCCGAGUCAACUCCAACCAAGUUCACGACAACGCCAGAGAUGAAAACAGUCACCCCAUCGUCAAAAAUCGUCAACUGCAAGAGAAAUCUAACGCAAGCAAUAUUUGGCAAAAGUGAACGCUCUCAAUCUCCCAAAAGCUCUCCACCCCAUUCCUGGAACAAUGCCUCAAAACAUUGGAGCCAAUCGUCUUUACAUGAACGUGAGCUCUUCACAACAACAACAACAACAAAAACAACAACAACAACAGCGACCAGCAAAACCACCCCGACGGAAGAAGCAACAAAAGUCCACAACAAACUCCCCGCACCACCAUCACAACAGUUCAACUGGCAGCAACAAGACUUCUGGCAGCAGCAGCAGCAGCAACAACAGUACUACUACUGGAAUGGAUCAAUCGCAGACCAUCAAUCACUCGACUACAACCCCUUCAACCACGGCAACUAUCACAACCACCACCACCAAUCCUCUAGAUACGACCAGUCACAGUAUCAACAGCGAGACCAGCACGACCAGUCACAGCAACGAUUUUACAGCAGCCGACCAAUGUUUUCUUCUUUCGGAAGAGAGGCAGAAUGUGGACAGAGCAAUUUUGGAGCAAAUUUAUACCGACCAAUAUAUCAACAGAGUCACAUCGACUACAGCUCCUUUUAUUCAAACGACGCCACGCCACUUUCAACAACGUCAUAUUACCCAACACCACCACCAACAACAGCAACAGCACCACCACCACCACAACCACCACCAACAACCAACACAACCAAUCACUACAACAAACACUACCAGCACGGCGGCAACAAUCAACAACAACAACAACAAAAUGUCAAACAAAACAACGGCUUACAAUCAACUUUUCCCAACUACUACGGCGGCGACGACGGUCAACUAUCGCAAAAAGAACACUUCCAACAUUAUGAACAAAUUGACAAAGGACCAGCUUGCUCACUAUUUUCAGCAGCAACAGCACAUGUUGGCGAGGGCAGCGGCGGCGGCGGCGGCUCAGAGACGACAACAGACAACCAAUUCGACACCACAACAAAUUUUUUACCAACAGCAAUUAUUCAACCAACAAACAUUCAACAGUUGCACCCAUCCAAGCAGCACCAAUUCGGCACCACCAAUGCCACCAACAACCAGCAACAAUUCAUCGUUUCUACAGCAAAUUCCACUAUCUCAAAUUCUGAAUCAACAUCAGAAAACCACCAACCCCGCCCAAUUUCAACACCGAUAAUUUUCACAGAUAUUGAUACAGGAGAAAUCAUCUGCAACGACAGCAUCGAGUCAAUUCUUGAACUUUAA